CCGAUGUUUCUUUUCGGCUCCACUGUGCGGCGGUCCUCUCCAGCCGCUGAUUCCAUCGGCCGCCCCUCUGCAUUGGCGCCAACUCGCCACUCUUCAGCGGCAGCCAUUCGAGGCGCUGUCCGGGUGGACGAGGGUCUCUGGCUGGGCGAUGGGGCGUGCCACAAUGAGGACUGGCUGUCAGACAAGAGGGUGACGCGCGUCGUCAACUGCGGGUCGUGGUCUGCACAGCUCAAGGAGCGAUUCGAGACUGUUGAGUACUUCCCCAUGGCCAGUUUCGCUGACCAUGCUUCAGGGGUAAGCGAAGGGAAGAGAUGAAUGCAGCCGGCCGCUGCAUUCAUGUCCUUGUGCCUUUAUUGACUGCUGCAUACAGGCCGGUCAUUUUGAGGAGGAAGACGGCCGGCUGAUGGAGAUGGCUGAAUGGGUGAUGGAGGGGCUGCGUCAGGGGGAGGGAGUUUUGGUGGGCUCACAGCUCGGCCGCAGUGAGGCUGUCGCGGCCAUGGUCGCAGUGAUCAUGAUCAAGUGGGCAGCCCCCGUAGCAAGAACCAAAGGAGACACUGGAAGAGACACCUUUCUGUUCUCCCGUCUCCGAUUCUUGCAGGAAUAAGAAGCCUUUGUCGAGCGCGAUAGCCCAUGUGCGUCGGGCUGUCGAGGCCAAGGACGGGGCCAUUUUCUUUCUGUCUGAGGGCUGCGAGCAGCGCCUGCGUGGCUUCAUCUCGCGGCAGGGUGAGCAGAACCGGAAAAGGGCAACACAGAGAUGCCUUUCUCGGUCUCUUUGGGUUUCAGUGAAGAAGGGCCUGAGUGGCGCCUUCAAUCUCACGCCAUCGGAGAAGUCAAACACAUCGGAAACCCAACAGGUCAGUGAUGACACUAUAUCAUUCCAUUUGUCCCCUGUCUGCAUUUCCUUUCUGCACACGCAGGCGGCGGAGUCGGCCCACCUGGCUCCUCUCCGCAGCCACCGAGUGAUGUUUGGAGUCCACAACAGCAUCUCCGACGACCUGCAGGACGGGUACACGAUGAUGCCCUCCUCUGCCUCCCCAUUCGCCACCGAGAGUGAGGGCGUGGGCGGAGGGCUGUCGAACCCUCCAACUCAACGAGGAGACAUCGUCCGGCAGCAAGGGCCGUCAGCAUAUGACAGCCGCUGCCGGCAGUCCACACAAGACGACACGACCGUCGCCGAACCCCUGCCCAUGCCCGAGUAUCGUCCCGAGCCGUGGACACUGGCGCGAUUCUUCUGCGAGUUUUGCACAGCGUCGGUGCUGUUCUGUGGCGCACUCGAGGAGCCCACCACCCUCGACUCCCACGACCUGGUCUUCGACCGACGGCCGUCCAUCGAUCCUGUGGGGGUGGGUGACUCAGAUCGGCCGGUGGGGCACGACCAGGAGGACGAGGAGGGCAGCGGGCUGGUGGACGAGGCGAAGCCCCUGCUUACGCCCACGCGGGAGGGGACUCGGGGGGGACUUUUUGCCGAUGACGACAUCUGAGUGAGAUAUGUGAGUGAGUGCGUGAAUGAGUGUGUGAGAGACAUCUGCGGAGCUUGUAUAGGCGGACGGACAGACGGAGGAAGGACUGAUAGACG